GUACGGGAGUGGUCGUUUUCUUCUAGGCCUAGCUCGCUGCUGCUCAUCAUUAGUGAGCUGAUGCUGUUGAACUUGCGUUCCAUUUGGGCCUCUAUUCUGCUACCUACUACUGACGGGCCGCCGCCGUCUGUGUCUGUCCGUCCUUCCUUCCUUCCUGCAGGCAGAUAUAUGGCCGGCCGGCGGGAGUGGAUAUUGAUGAUGAGUUGAAGAGACAGUUUGGAUUGUUCCUCGGAAACCCCGGUCAGAAAGUGGGAUGAUGAUAUAGAGAGAGGGCCAGCUGAAAGAUAUACAGAUUAGGAGAGAGAGAGAGAGAGAGAGAGGAGAGGGAUGGGGGAGUUGGUUAAUUUGAUUGGUGAGUG